CUACCUGCCCACUCUCUCACCGGCAUUCUGCCAGCCCAGCCUUAUACUCCUCCUACAAUCAACCACCCUCCCCUGCCUGGCUUUACCUGUAUCUCCUCCUCUAUGUGACCUUCAGACCCACCCACCUCCCUUCACCUGGAGCUUUGGCAGCGCCUGCUUCUAUUCAGCAGACAUCAGUCUUCUUUCAGUGACUCCCUGCUAUUUCAGGGUGGUCACAGAGUCAGGAUUUAUCUCUUCCGUUAUCCUUCGCCUGUUUGAUAUUUGGAUAAACCUUUAACUCUUUACAUCUGGCUUCCCGGAUUGGAGUGGGCAAGGGCUUGGGAACAGCCUGGUGCUUCCCUCCAGUUCAUCUACCUGCUUUCCGCCCACAAUUUCCGCACAGGGACUGUCAUGUGGAGUUCUUCCUGUCUUCUGCUGUUCCAAGCUGUAGCACUUGUUCUCGCCGCUUCUUUCCAGAGAUACAAUCAAGUCCAGAGCGCUGUAGAGGAUCAAGUGUUCCUGGACGACAUAACUGCACACAGAUUCCUGGGCCGUAAGCUUCUUUAUAACCACUGGGAUUUUGAGCUGAUCGUCCCAGACAAUCUGGAACGUGAAUGCAUCGAGGAAAUUUGCAACUAUGAGGAAGCCCGAGAAGUCUUUGAGGAUGACUUCAAAACAAAACAAUUUUGGGAGGCCUAUGAACACAAUGGAAAAGGAGGAGCGAAAACCCCAGGUGUGGAUGUGGCUGGUUUGGUGGCUGGCCUCAUAGCGGCUUUGGUAUCUACCGUCAUGUUUGUGGUCGUGGCCAUGUAUUGUAUCAAGUACCGGGCGAAAGAGAGGAGCCGGUCCAGGACUCAAGACAACUUGCAUCCUCUCACCAGCUUGGAUGAAGAGCCAAAGCCUGAGAAUGCACCAGGGCUUCCAUCCUAUGAUCAAGCAAUGGCAUCUUCGGGAGUGCAUGAUGCACCACCUCCACCUUACAACAGGAGCAGUACCAACUUGGCCCCUCCAACCUGAGUUGCUGACAGCAGGGGGAACUUUCCCGGGAGACUUGCUCCACCUGGUUGUACAUUCCUAAAAGACAUUACACGUGCACAUUGCAGCAAAGCUGGUGGAUGAAUGGGCACAACUGUGAAAACAUGCGAUGCUGACAAAUAUUUAUCAGAUAUGAGUAUGCACUCUAUAAAGACUGGGUGUAAAUGUGUCAAGUGUGCUACAGAAUUUUACCUUAUGUCGCCUGAAUGAUAAAAACUUGCAACUGUCAAAUGUGAAUGUUAUGCAUAUUCACUACACUGGCAUGAAAAUUAAUCACCAGUCUGUACAGGUUUGUAUCCCAAAUUCCUUUACGACCAGCCUCUUCAUAUUGAACAAGGUUUGGUAUAUACAAUCUUUUUCUCUAUCUUGGUUUUAACUAGACAGAGUGUGGAUAGGAACUGUUUCAGGAUAAACAAUUAGGAUUGAGAAAUGAGCAGACACUUUGGAGCCUCAACUAUGAACCUUAUGGCCCAAGACUGUGUAAGCUGCUAUAUUCUAUUCAAGUCUAGAUGUGAAAGAUUUGCCCCUGUGAUCAGCUUGCAGUACGAAGCUUUUUAAAUGGCUAUGUCUGACAUUCAUUCUGUAACCUGAGUUUCUACUCCUGGUCUCAUCAAAAGCAGUGCUUGCCUGCUAUGGAUACUGAUCUUUGAUUCCUAAUCUGGAGAUAUGCCCUUCCAUGCUUAAAAAUGUAGGAAGCCAGGCUAUCUGUCCACCUAGCAUGGUAUUGUUUGAUCUAGUUUGGCUGUUCUUUUGCAGGGUCUCAGAUAGGAAGAGGUUUUUUUUUACAUGAUACUUAUCUAAUCCUUAAAAUAAAAACUUGGAAGUAACUGGACCUGGGAGCAAUUGCAUAAAAAGUAUGUUCUUUUCCACUGAGCUAUGAUCCCUCUCCAUUUAUAAAGUCCAAGUUGUUCUUCUAUUAUCUUAUCUAGAGUUGUAAUUAUGGGAGGAGUUUAGAUAGCCUCCUAAUUAAGAACCCCCCACAUUUUCCUUCUGUCUCCACAUUUGCACAACUGCAAAAAGUUUGUAAAAUUAGGGCCCCCCCCCCCCAAAUUACACCCCUGACCUUAUCCCUGGUAUUUCUUAACUAAGUACAAAAAAUAGCAAACGUGCAAACAAUGGAGUGAGUGAGUCUUGGAAAUAUGGCAGGAGGAAGGAUGUACGUAUGUAAAAUGUAUACAUCAGUUAUGGGAAAUAUGGACACUGUUGCAAUGAUGCAACUGUGCAAGAACAGAAGAGCAGAACCAAAGUCUCUCUACAUGUACUUCCAACAACUGUGGUGAACAAAAUUGUGUGACAUGGAAUGCGUGUGACUGUACAAUGAACUAAGCAAGAUGUGUGUGCCUGAACAUAUGUCAAACAUUGUAUCUGUCCUGCAUUUUCGCUCAACUGUCCUGAAAUAUUUUCGCUCAUCUGUCCUGAAAUAUUGCCACUACAUAUCUCUGGAGAAGGGGAAGCAUUCAGAUGGACAGGAACGUUUCCAAAUAACUGUGUUGUCUGAGAAGUUUUGAUCAUGGUCUGUGUUAAAAAUAAAGUAUGAUCUACUUUUCAUAAA